CCAGACUCAGGUUGCCGCCCAACGCCAACGGCUCGCCGGUUCGCCUCCGCGGCCUGCAAGCGCACGCAGGUGCUGCGGCUCGCAACACCAGAGGGCAGAGGCAACGCACCGCAGCGGCAGCAAGUAUGCUCCCGCCCGGCGGUCUCCCCGCCGCCUCCGCCGCCGCCGCCGCUCCCAACCGCAGCAGCCUCGAGCGCGAGCGCGCGCAUCCCGACUCCCCUCCACGUCUCCUGACGGCGCGCGGCGGGGGAAGUGGGGAACGCGGAAGUUGCGGAGGACGACGACGAGGAGGUGCUCGAGGAGGGGUUCCAGAGGUGGGCGGGCGGCGGUGAGGAGGACUACGACCAUGACCCCGAGAUCAGGGACAUUAUGGGUGACUACUUCGACGACCCCUAGAAGACCCAGACCCGCAUGGGUGCCCCUGCCUUCUCUUCUCCACUCUUCCUAUCAUCCGCGGGUGAGUGAAUUCCUUUUUCUUUAUGAUUGUCGGUUGGAUAAUUUGGUGGUUCUUGGGUGCCUUGUGCAGAUGGAGGAGAGGGUAAGGAAGAAGCGACGCAAGAUUGUGCAGGCCAAGACCGGCUCGCCCAACCCCACGAAGGUCGUCUUCAACAAGAUCUAGCCUACUAUAACUUGCUUGGGAUUAAAAGGCGCUGUUGUUGCUGCUGCUGCAUCUCAAUACAUGUGAAUGCAUUGUGAAAAUCAACGGAGGAGUAAUACUUGACCUUCAACAAUCUUAUGGAGACCUUCCUAAAUUGGGCUCUGCGAUCGUGGCAUAUAGUUGGGCGCCUUGGGGGCUGCAAUUCUAUGAAUAUGCAGUUAUCGCAGUUGCCUUUAGAUUGUAAAAGACCAAGUUAUGAUGCUCUUGAAGGAGCAAACAUCACCCCAACAUCCUUUUACAACAUUGGUGAUCUUGAGAUUCAAGAUAAUCUAGCACGUGUAUGGGUAGACAUUGGUAUUUAUGAACCGUUGCUUUUGGACAUCCUGCUUAAUGCCUUAACGACCAUAAGUUCAGAUCAUCUUGGUAUUAAGCAAGUACAGUUUGGAGGGUUAGAGUUCGAGAACUGGGAUGAGAACUUGAAAACAGAAGAAGCUGGAUAUAGUAUCCACAAAAUUUAGAAAAGCACAAUCCUGAGAUUUCAGAAGCAGCUACUAUUUUAACUACGGUGCGAAUACAGCAUCUGGUUCUUGAAUCAAAGACCUCAUAAGGGCUUCAACCACAGUGAUCCCGCAAAUGAAAAGAAAAAUGUUGACGACCCCAUGCAUGAAAAGUUGAUCCAUGUUUCUGCUAUCAACUUUUUCUUUAAAGGGGUCGCCACCUUACAUAAUUAUGCUAUUACAGGCCAUUGAUAAUAUCAUGGAUAUCUGUAAUAUCUUGGCUUCUAUGAUGUGCAACGUGCCAUGGUUACUCCACACACAGACUAGAUGGAAGAAAUGUUGAAGUCCGGAGAAAUGUUAAAGUAUGUUUGGUUAGUGUUAGAGAUUUUAAAGGAUCUUUCCACUUGGGGUUCUCUAAAUUGUCUGCUGCAUGUGUAGAGAUGCAAUUAGGUACCUAAUAGAUAGUUCUGGACUUAGUUUA